CAACCAUCAAAGACUACCGAUUCAUUAUACACGCCACCAGAGCAUACAUCAACCCACGCUACUUGCUCCCGCCUAUUUUACAGCAACCCGCUCAUUCCCGGCCCAAAGAUGUCGAUACGACAAUGGAAAGCUGCAGUCUGUCAGGCUGAGCCUUGCUGGUUCGACAAGAACGCAGGUAUCGAAAAGUCGCUCCGCCUCAUCAAAGAAGCUGCUGAGAACGGUGCGUCUCUGAUUGCCUUUUCCGAGGUUUGGUUGCCGGGCUAUCCCAACUUUCUCUGGGGUGGCAACUACCACGAAAAUAUCCCACUUGUUUUCAAAUAUCGCAUGAACAGCAUUGAGGCUGAGGGGUCCGAGAUUUUGAAGAUCCGUCGUGGCGCCAAUGAACAUAACAUCUAUGUUGUUUUUGGCUUCAGUGAAAGGGUCGCCGGCACCUUGUACCUCGCACAGAUGUUGAUCGGUCCAAACGGCGACAUUCUCAACCAUCGCCGCAAGAUUAAACCUACGCACGUCGAAAGGACACUAUUCGGUGACUCGACAGGUGAUUCGCUUAACAAUGUCACAGAUACACCUCUCGGCAAGAUUGGCAUGUUGAACUGUUGGGAGCAUCUUCAACCACUGCUCAAGUACAACACCUGGGCCCAAGGGGAGCAGGUUCAUAUCGCGGCUUGGCCGUUCAAUGGAAAGCACGUUGGCGUAGAACCUUGGUCUGUCUGCAGCGAGGCGAACGAGCUUACGAUGAGUCGUGCAUACUCGCUGGAAGGUCAAGUGUACACGCUCGUCACCAACCAACCGCUCUCUGCCGAAGGCAUGAAGCUGAACAGUGCCGGUCAGGCAAAUGCGAAGGACAGCUUCAUGCUCGCUGGAGGCGGAGGGCGGGCCGCGGUCUUUCAUCCUGAUGGUCGACAGCUGACUGAGCCAACGGAUGAGCACUUCGAUGGGCUAAUCUACUGCGAUAUCGAUCUCGAUCAGAUUGAGUAUGCAAAAGCCAUUGCUGAUCCAGUUGGUCAUUACUCCCGUCCGGACAUGUUGCGUUUGCUGGUUGAUGACCAGCCAAAGAGCUACGUUGUCAAGGUCGCUCCCGAAAGGAUUGAAGGCACUAGAACUAUACCAACACCUACUCUUACUUCAAUGCACAAAUCGCUCCAGGACAUCGACCUUGCAGAAAAGGAAAGAAAGGAGAGUUAAGAUUAUCUACCUUACGUAAAGUGUCGUAGUUGCGCAAAUAGCGUAUUUAUUAACGUGUUCCACGUGCAAGCGCCGCACCCCACAAAACUUAUCCACCUCUAUAAGCGCAUAGCUCUAUCACGAAUUGAUUAUGUCGCACUCGUUCGUGCGUGAAGGAAAUUGUGAAGAGGAUUGAUUCAUUAUCAUUUGUGUCGUCUCAUCUGCUUAUAUAGAGACUAUAGAUCAAUCUACGGUCAAUCGGUAAAUGGUAUUAUUAACAAAGUUCAUGCUUUCAACAGCUGCUUAGUUGCAAC